AUUUUUUUAUCUCGAAUCCUGAACACAUUCCGGCAGGAUUUUUAUUGCUAAUGCGAUGCUUAUCCGAUCCCUGAAAAAGUGCCUAGACCGUUUUUCCUACACUUGCGCGAAAAACAGUCUAUCUCGAGCAUUUGUUGUACAUUUCGCAUCUUUCCCCUCCUCGCCCGUAGCUUCAGACGCUGAAGGAGACACACUGUCUCAUAGACAUUUACAGAUGGACAGACAACGGGAAGCGGAUAUCACAUCCAAUUUGGAACAUCUCUGCCUGCUGGACAUCGACAAAAAGCCCUUGGUACACCGCAUGACUGGCAUCGUCUGCACCCUUGGACCAGCAUGUCGCAGUGUGGAGAUUUUGAGGGAGAUGAUUGCGGCCGGAAUGAAUAUUGCUCGGUUAAAUUUCUCCCACGGAACCCACGAGUACCACGGUGAAUCAAUCAAGCUAGUGCGGGAAGCACACCAGACCAGCAGUCUUGAUUAUGCCUCGGUGGCCAUCGCGUUGGAUACCAAAGGUCCGGAAAUCCGUACGGGAAUUCUGGCUGGAGAUGCCAAUAAGGACGUGGUGUUGAAGAACGGGCAGAAGGUGGUGUUGACGGUGGAUGAUGCGCAAAAGUCCAACUGCACCAGCGAGCUGAUCUAUGUCGACUACAAAAAUCUGGUCAAAGUUCUGAAAAUCGGCAGCAAGAUCUUCAUUGACGAUGGUCUCUUGUGCCUGACCGUGGAGAAAAUCGAGGGCGACAACAUUUACUGUCACACGGAAAACGGCGGAAAAUUAGGCAGUCACAAGGGGGUCAAUCUGCCUGGGACACCCGUUGAUUUGCCAGCUGUUUCCGAGCGCGAUAAGCUUGAUAUACGAUUUGCCGUGGAGAAGGGAUUGGAUAUGAUUUUCGCAUCGUUUAUCCGUGAUGCUGAAGGUGUUCGAGAGAUCCGAAAAAUUCUCGGCGAAGAUGGCAAACAUAUCAAAAUUAUCUCCAAGAUCGAAAAUCAUCAAGGAUUAGUCAAUUUGGAUGAAAUUUUAAAAGAAAGUGAUGGAUUAAUGGUGGCGCGCGGUGACAUGGGUAUCGAAAUUCCACCGGAAAAAGUCUUUCUGGCUCAGAAAAUGAUGAUUGGCCGAGCUAACAAAGCCGGGAAGCCGAUUAUUUGCGCCACUCAGAUGUUGGAGAGUAUGGUGGACAAACCCCGGCCGACUCGUGCCGAAGUUAGCGAUGUAGCCAAUGCUGUGUUGGACGGAGCCGAUUGUGUUAUGCUGUCGGGUGAAACCGCCAAGGGAGCCUAUCCUCUUGAAGCUGUCAAGAUGAUGCAUUCAAUCAGCUUGGAAGCUGAAUCGGCCAUCUUCCAUGCCCGCUUUUUUGAGGAGAUUCGCCGCACGUUAGCGGUGCCGGCAUCUAUAACCGUGACAACUGCCGUGGCUGCUGUUGAAGCAUCCAUGCGCUGCGGCGCGACAGCUAUCAUUACACUCACCACUUCCGGAGCAUCUGCUGCUUGUAUCGCCGCAUACCGACCGCGAUGCCCGAUUAUUGCCAUUAGCCGCUUCGAAGGAGUCGCACGCUAUCUCCACCUCUACCGGGGCAUUUUCCCUCUUUAUUACAAACCCGAACGCAUCCCUGACUGGUCGCAGGAUGUGGAUGCCCGCAUUAACGCCGGUAUGCGCGUGGGCUUUAAGCGCGGCGUCAUCAAGGCCGGUGAUCCCGUGGUCAUUGUCACCGGAUGGCACCAGGGCUCAGGAUUCACCAACACGAUGCGGGUCCUCUUGGCGCCGGAAAGGGUCGACUAAAACGGCGACAUGUUUAGCUUCUGCUGUGGAAUUUCUCACUCUGGGAGAACGGUUAUGGGAUUACUUUUGACACGCUGCUUGUGUGAUUUUCUGGUUGUGUUUCUGCCCGUUAGUGGUAUAGUAUUCGUAUUUAAUAUAUUCUAAUAUGCAGUUGUUGAGUUCCCGUUUUGCUUGUGAGUCAGUUGUGACCGUUGUACUUCCUGUUUGGUUGUCGUGAGAGCUGCAGUUCGUUGUCCGUUGGUUAUCAAUUUGUUAGCGUUACCUGUUUGUCACCGUUACAGUUGAUGCUCAGUUAAUAAUUUUUAAUUCAUAGAUAAAAAUUUAAUAGUGA